GCUGCGCGUUCCCGUGCCGCUGCCGCCAUCUUGGCGUCUGUCUGUCCGGGGCCGGGACACACCCGGAUGCCGGGGCCGGACCGGGACCACACCGGGGUGAUCAGAAAGUGAAUGUCUUGCUGUAAAGUGUGUCUGUGUGGGUGUCAGUCAGGUCCCAGGAGGACAGAAGAUGUCCCGAAGGAAACAAACAACUCCAAAUAAAGUACAUUGGGAACAAGUGUUUGCAGGUUUGAAGCAACAGGCCCGUGAAGCUAUGAUGAAAACAGACAUUGUGAAACAAGAAUUCUCUGUCUUUGGUCAGCACGAGAGGAGUAGCAGUGAUAGUGAAGCAGAGGAUACCACUAUUGAUGAGCUGUCCUCCCCCACCUCAGAGGAAGACAACUUGGAGAGAGAAGUAAAGGAGGAGCCUGGAGUCAGCAGAACUAGCAGAGAAAAUGAACUUUCUGGGGAAAUGGUUUCUGGAGCCGCUCAUGAUUCUGAACUAUUUAUUUGCCCAUUAUGCCAGCUGGCUUGUGAAACCCAGGAACAGCUAAUCACUCAUGUAUACCAGCAUACAGCUGCAGUUGUCAGUGCUAAGAGCUAUCUGUGUCCUGUGUGUGGGCGAGCCCUCAGCUCUCCGGGGUCAUUGGGACGGCACCUGUUGAUACAUUCAGAAGAUCAGCUUUCCAACUGUGCUUUAUGUGGGGCACAGUUCUCAAGUCAUGCUACCUUCAACAGUGAGAAGUUGCCAGAGGUUUUGUCACCAGAUACUUGGAACCAGAAUAAUCACAAAGGCUCCAGCAGUUGUGAGGGUAAGAACCCAGAGACUAGUGCAGUUUAUCCUGCUGGCAUCCUACUUGUUUGCAACAAUUGCACAGCCUAUAGGAAACUGAUGACUGACCAGACACCUACAGUCCGUAAAUGGGCUGCACGCAGACAGAAUGAGCCUGCUGCGGCAAGAGUGCAGAGACUGGAGAGAGAGCGCACAGCGAAGAAAAGCAGACGUGAUUGUGAGACCCCAGAAGAGCGUGAGAUGCGUAGGAUGAGGGACAGAGAGGCAAAAAGGCAGCAACGGAUGCAGGAAACUGAUGAGCAGAGGGCAAAGCGUUUGCAGCGGGAUCGUGAGGCCAUGCGUUUGAAACGAGCCAAUGAGACACCAGAGAAACGCCAGGCAAGAUUAAUUAGAGAACGAGAAGCCAAGCGGUUGAAAAGAAGAUUAGAAAAAAUGGACAUGAUGUUGCGAGCACAGUUUGGGCAGGACCCUGCUGCUAUGGUAGCUUUAGCAGAAAUGAACUUUUUUCAGCUUCCUGUAGGGAAUUCUGACCUAGAACAACAAUUGCUAGGGAAGAUGGAGCUUGAAGGUCAAAAUAAUGGUACUCUACCUUGACCCCCUACUGAGGCUGUUUUUUGGUUUUUUUUAACGCGGCAAGCUGUGUUUGCCUUAAUCUUAAAAACAUGGAUUAAUGGCACAAAUUUAAAUGCCUGUCAGAAUGUGAAACUCUUAAAAACCUUCUACCCCCAUCACUGCUGAGAUACCUGGAUGUGAGCAUUUUGUUGCCCCUCUGUAUUUACUGUAUUUAAACAGAAAGGCAUUGUGGUGGAUUUCAUCCAUCUACCAGUGCUAUCUGUGUUGCUCAGGAUUUGAAAUCUCUUUGGAGCAGAAAGCUCUUGUUUGUUUGUUUGUGCUUUCUGUCUGUCAUGCCUUUGCUACAGGGUAUGAAUCGCCAGGUAUGGACUAUAUUCCUGGAACUUCUGGAUUCCCAAAAGGUUCCACUCUGAACCUAUACUGUGUGCUAAACAGGGUAUAAAAUACAGACUUUUCAUUAAUAUUAUAGCUCCUUUGUCCUGUGUACAACACAGAUUUCUGCUGUAGGUGUAAGACUAUUUGUUCUUUUCUUGCACAUCUUCAUGGCAAUACACAAUGUAUUCAGUUGAUCAUGCUCCUUCCCAUGAUGAACAAUUACCCAGUAUUGAAAAGUAUCACUUUUUAAUAUAUAACUUUACCCCAUCCCAGUACGAGCAUACAACUUUCUCAUACAUACAUAGAUCGCAUCUCAUCUCCUGUAAAUUAAAGUGAUAUAUAUAUAUAUAUAUAUAUAUAUAUA